AGUCCUCAGAUGGCCAACCAAACAAAACAUUCCCCCGGGCGGGAAGCCAGCUUGUGGGGCAACUUUUUUUUAACCUCAAAAUACCCUUUUUGUGACCAAAGCCUUUAAAUACUGGAGUCAGAAGUCCCUCCGCCAGUGUCAGCGCCUCACAACAUGUGGACAAUCACAAGCACACUCCUGCUUACAUGCUGCCUCCGGGCAGCUCUCGUUCAGAGCCAGGAUCACGACGACAUCAAGACAGGAUACAAGAGGAACGUUUGGGAAGACCUGAUCGAGUUUCUUACCAAAGGCACCAGAGAUGAAUGCAGCUUGAGUGUGACAGGACAAGGCGAUCUCACUAAGCUCCGCAUUACUUGCCUGGGCCUGGAGCGCUCUUACUGGUGCGAGUACCAGGGCAAGCCUCAGGUCUGCCGCUCUUACAACAACAACCCACUGCAUUAUUUCAGGCAGAUCAUGUGGGACCUCCGCAAGCUGCCGAAUGCUUGCCAGGGCCAGCGCAUCCUCAAGCCUCUCAUGUGCAGGAGAGCUUCGGAUGAGGCCCAGAUGGUCUUCACAAGCGCAUCCUCUUCAGACACCAAGCCAACGGACAGGCCCUACAGACCAGCCACUGACAGACCCGUGCAGAUGAGAUCACAACAGAGACGACGAGAGAAGAGGCCAAAGCCUACGAGACCACAAAUAUUAAGAGCCCAAUCAGCCAGAACUGCUCAGGACAAGCCGAAUCAACCCAAAGCUGUCAAAUCCACCAAACAGAGGAAAAUCACUACACCCAAACCAACUAUGCCACGACCAACUACUCCGGUACCCACGAGUGAGGCCAAGAAACUUGCCCAGGAUUACUGCUGGCGCUCUUUUCAGGGUGUCUGUUCCUUCGUCAUUGGGUGGUUCAGAAACUAAGAAAAGGUCACUCACAUUUCCGCAGACAACAAAACCCAUUUAAGAUAACUCCAAAUGUCUUAACAGCAUGAAGGUUUUGGACUGACGGGGAGAAAUGAAGGUGUUUGUUAAGACUGACAGGACUUUGGGAACACUAUUAAUAUAUCCUUAUGUAUGACAAAUAGAGUUACAGACUCUAAUGUACAUAUCAGAAUAGACAAGAUUAUCAAUGAAUUUAGAUAAUUCCACAUAAUGCUGGCAUGUAUUCUUCUCCAAAUGUAAACUAUAUGAUGAGGAACUUCAUCUUAUCAUGUGUACUGAAUGCUAUAUGUGUAUUAAUCAUGCUAUCUUAUAUAUUUAUGAGUGCUGACCAAUUGGGUCAGCAUUUCUGAAAGCUGUGGAGCCACAGGUCACUUCAGACUGUAAUAUAUCAAUGUGAAAAUGUAUAAUGUACAUGAAUAUGUAUUUGUGUCUACUAGCCUACAUUUUAUAGUUGAGUAGGUAAUACUCAAAUUUAUAAAGAGGUUUUUUUUUCGUUUGUUUGUUUGCCCUGAAUAAAUUUUGGCUCU